UUGUUUGUUUACUUGCGAGACAAAAAAUAAAAAACAUUUUAAAAAACGCAGCAAUUAUAAAUAAAAAACUUCAAGUGUUAAUGACACCAUCAACAAAUUCUUGCCGAAAAAUCGAAAAUCUCCCAAAUCUUACUCAAAAUUCAAUCGUAAAAGCAAAUUUUUCGUAAAAAUAAAAAAUUUCCUCAUAAAUCUCUUUUUAAUAAUAAUAAUUUGACUUACGUAAGUGCUUUUAACACGAAAAAAACUACAAAAAAGGCAGUGACACGAAGAAACAAAACAACAAUAACACGAAAAAAAAACAGCUCGAAUAUUCGGAACGGAAAGAGAAACACAAAAAAAUCGGAAGAAAGUGCGUCAUUCAUCCUCUUCUCGAGAGCAAAAAAGCAAAAAAAUAAAGUUCUAAUGCAGCGAACGAGUUCUUUGUCAUGAUUCUGCAACUGGUUGCCUUUCAUGGUUUGAUUCAAUUCGUUUAGACUACAUUCGACGGCGGUGUUUCGGUCCGUUAGUCGACGACGAGUUAAUAAAUAAAUAAAUUAUUCUUGCAAAGCCUUAUUAAAGCAACGACCUUCAUCAUUGACAAUCAUGCUGUCCGAUUACAACAUCACCCAGCUGCCGUUGGAGAUGCUCGUUGAGAUCUUUACGUAUCUCACGCCAUCCGAUCGGCGCGAAAGUUCUCUCGUUUGUCAACGAUUCUUUGAUGCGGCGCAACAUCCGCGCUUCCUGAAGGACCGUCAUCUGCACUUUACAUACUGCGAAUUGGCGGAAAAAGUUGCUCCCGUGUCAGUUUUCCUCAAAAGUGUUCGUCCAUUCCACGCGCUGACACUUUCUUACUUCGAUUGUGACAAACCGAUCGAUGCGUUUUGGGAGAAAAUGGGAAAAACCGUCGAAUAUUUGGAAUUUAAUCAAUUUUGUGAUUUUGGAAUGUACUUGCCGCAAGUGCUAAAUCGCUUUACGGCACUAAAAACGCUCAAAAUUGACACGGAUUUCGAGUUUGGAAGACAAUUUCCGUGCAAAAUGCCGAAUUGCGAACGUUUGAUAUUGUCCUUCAACAUUCAUGGGCCCUAUGACGAAACAAAUGCCGAGCCUUAUGAAAACCUGAUAAAAGCAAUGCCCAAGUUGAGGUAUAUUGAGUUGGUUGUUUAUACGGGCACCUAUGACGCCCUCAUACAAUUUCUCGUGAAAUAUCCGGCGCAAAUCAAGGCGAUCACUUUUCAAAUGUUGCCCGACGACGCAAUCGCUCUCGUGAACACCCUCAAGUGCAUCAUGAAGCUCAAACGGAUCCAACUCGAAAAACUUUGCAUCACUUAUUUCAACAAUUGGACCAUCUUGGAUGAAUUUUUAGAGAAGCAAUCGACCCUGAAACACUUGGAAUUAGGCACAAACAUCUUCCCGUGUCACAAAUACGAAAGUAUUAAAAAGUUCGAAGUCAGUAUUCACAAGGAAGUCAACUCUUUCGAUGCCCUAAAGUUCCUUCCGAACAUCGAAACUCUCAUAAUUCUCGGUUCCUAUGGCGAAUCCAACUGUUUUUUCGGUCAUAGUCGCAUCCCAUGUCGUUCUUUGCGUGAAUUGCAACUGCUUGAUCUCAAGGAUAGACUUUGUUUGGCAUGUUUUGAGGCGAUGCUCGGCAGUUAUCCGAACCUAAAUACCUUUUAUUCGUACGGAACGCAGCUCGAUAACGAUCAUGUACGGAUUUUAUUGACACAGGCACCGAAAUUGACCCGUUUGAACAUCCUCGAGCACACACAAGUCACGGAAGAGUUCAUUUGCGGCACGAAAUCCGUCUCGGAUUUGAGACUUUUGGAAAAGUUGGAUCUCUCGGGGGCGUUUUGCUUGCCAAAUAAGGCACUUUUACAAUGGCCCGCGAUGAGAAAUUUGAGGGAUAUUGGAUUUGGGAAGAUUUUUGAUGUCAACACCGAUGGCAUGCGAAAAUUCCUCGCGCAAUGCCCGUCAAUUGAAACUUUUACGAUUCACGAGACUUUCCGCCUGACAAACGACGUUUUACGGCUAAUUUUUGCGAAUUUGAGUCGUCUCAAGCACUUCCGGAUCUACAAUGAGUUUGAGGAACAAGCUGCUGACCGUAAAGAUCGUCCCUGGUUGGAGCUUACGAAGGGUUGCAAAGAGCUACAGUCUAUCCGGAUAAUUGAUCCAAACAAUCGCGUUGAUAUCAAAUAUGAGAUGUUCAAGCGGAUACCGUCGCUGAAGGUCAUUUAUCAUGCAAAACACGAUCUGAUGACACGCGCCAGCUGUUUUUCAAUUGGAAAUUACGUGCGGUUAAUUGGUGUGCCGUACGCGAAGCUGGGAAAGUUGCAGGAAAUCAUUGAAAAGUACUCGGAUGACGAGUUCGAGUUCGGUAUUGUUCCUCUGUGAUGUGCGAAAAGGUGAUAAUUUAUUCUAAAAAUAAGGAUUGAUGUUGAAAUUUUCAUUAAAAAUUUUUUUUUAUACAUUUUUCGUUAAUUUUCAUCAAAAAUUUGACUAAAAAUUGUAAAAAAAAUAUUUUUAAUGAAAAUUUUUACACUUAUGGACCUACCGCUAACGUAAAUUGUAUUAAUUAUUAAUAAAUUUUUAUUCUAAA